CCCAUAUCGAGGGUUUUGCUCAGUAGAGUCUUGUGUACUUUCCUAUCUUCGCUGCGGCGAUGCUCUCUGACAGGUUGGUGCUAUCCUUGUGUUGGUAGGUGCUCUGGCCUCGUCGACUCCAUCUCUGCAGCUCACUCUUGGAAGGCUCACUGGCCUGCAAUUGACGCUGAUACGGGUGGGCGGUCUGGCCUCGUCGAAUCAUCUCUGCAGCUCUCAACUAUAGAGUGCUUCGAAGAUCUUCGAAGCCUGUAUUGCUGGCCUGCAAUUGAUGCUGCAUCGGAAUUCUCACCGGCUACGAGUGUGAGGUGCACCUCACCCAGGCUGGCGAUGGACCGUGGCGCGUGCCAGCAGAGCACAAUCCGUUCGGCGUAUUCAUCCGGACUCCUGAGGUCGAAUCUAUUGCUGCGCGGGUGGACGACUUAAUCAUACGACCAGGCGGUGUCCUGCGCCACCGGGAGUGGGGGAUGUAUGAAGUGGGGAUCUGCGGGCCAGAUGGGCUCCUCGUUCGCAUCGGCUGGCCGUCUCGCUUAAUGCAGCCAAGCACCUGAUAGGCUAAUCUAUGGUUGUUUGCUCACUCCUGUUGCAACGAAGUGUAGAGUUUAUUAAGUCACAAUUACGUACAACAGAAUUUGUUUUAUAGAAUUGUGGUAAAACAUAACGUUUCUCUUACGGAUAGAAGCACGCUAGUUAGUGCUGCUUGAAAUCAUGGCGCGGUCAACUUCUAGCUUGCCCAAGAUUGAGAGCCCACCUUUCCUCUGACCGAGCUAAUUGUUGUGAACGGAACAGAACGGAACGGAACGGAACGAGUUGCGAGAUGCUCACCAUGUAGCGCAGAUCGAUCAUACGGGUGCACAUGUACUGCGGCCGGUGGGUGUGUAGGGCGCCCGUCUUCAGCUGCCAGAUUCCG